AUGAACAUCACCGGGUACCAGCAGCAGCAGGGUGAUUUUCAGACACGCCGAGGCACACUCAGGGAGAGGGAUCCUAGGCAGGGUGUGGGCAUGGAGACAGCCUGCUGCCUGGCCCCUGGAGCCCUGCGCAGACUGAUUGAGCUGCCCGCUCCCCCGCUCGACCGCCAUCAGCUGAAGAGAUUGGAGGAGCACAGGUACUGUCAUAGGAAAAUCUAAGAUCAAUCAAAUCCAUAUUUAGCUUUGAUCUGAUGAUCAUAUGGUAUGUGUUUUAUACUUAGCGUCAUUACAUCAAACAUUUUUAGAUUAAAAAGCUCCUGUUUGUGAAUUCUUAAACCUGGUUGAUGGAUUCUUGUUCCUGCUGUCUGGUUCAGAGGGGUAUUCCAGAAAGCCGGAUUAGUGAGUUAGCAAGAUCUGUCAAAACAGAAUUUGAGCAAACUCAGAAUUUCUGGUUCCAGAAAGAGAACUUGAUGUAUAGUCUGAUCAGAAACUAUAGCAACGAAUGCUCUGAAGAAAACCUGCUAACUACUAGGUAAGCUUGAUAUUAGCCUGUUCAAGUGAAUAAAGACAGGGCUUCUCCGGCAAUCAGAUUCUUGUCCGUCAAUAUGGCCUGACCCUUUGCGGAAAAUCCAAUUGACAUCGAAGCCUGCAUUGUUUGCCGUGCAUUACAAAGGGAACAAAUUAUUGGACCUCGAAUAGAUCCUUUAGAUCAUUCAGAAUAUUUUAUUUUGGAAUGUUAUUGUUUUUCCGCACAAUCAAUCAUACACUGAGUGUACAAAACAUUAGGAACAUCUUCCUAAUAUUGAGUUGCACCCCCUUUUGCCCUCAAAACAGCCUCAAUUCGUUGGGGCAUGAACUCUACAAGGUGUCAAGUGUUCCACAGGGAUGCUGGCCCAUAUUGACUCCAAUGCUUCCCACAGUUGUGUCAAGUUUGCUGGCUGUCCUUUGGGUGGUGGACCAUUCUUGAUACACACAGGAAACUGUUGAGCGUGAAAACCCAGCAGCAUUGCAGUUCUUUACUCAAACCGGUGCGCCUGGCACCUACUACCAUACCCCGUUCAAAGGCACUUAAAUAUUUUGUCUUGCUCAUUCACCCUCUGAAUGGCACACAUACACAAUCCAUGUCUCAAGGCUUAAAAAUUAUUCUUUAACCUGUCUCCUCCCCUUCAUCUACACUGAUUGAAGUGGAUUUAACAAGUGACAUCAAUAAGGUAUCAUAGCUUUCACCUGGAUACCCCUGGUCAGUCUGUCAUGGAAAGAGCAGGUGUUCUUAAUGUUUUUUACACUCAGUGUAUAUCUGGCGAACUUACUCAACCCGUAGCAAUGUAACCCAACACGGUUUCGCUUUGACUGUUAUACAAACUCUGUAUUGCGUUGUGACUUUUUUGCCACUGUAAGUUUCCUGUACAAUGUGGGGGAUGCUGAACGAUUUGGCAAGGCAACUGUGUGUAGAGCUGUAAGAAGAUUCUGCCUCGCAUUGAAUAAAUAGUUUAUGUCUUUGCUGCAUUCCCUGGCCAUCAAGCUGUCCAUAUAAUCAAGGAGGACUUUUACAGAAUUGCAGGUCCAGUAGGCUGUGGUCAGUUGACUGCCACUGAUGCUUUGCUAAAUUAAAAGGCAACAUAAUAAAGUAGAAAAUCGCCUAAUUCAUCCCACAUAUUUUCCAAACGUGAUUGAUGCUAUAGAUGGGACACAUAUCCCCCAUUCAAAGACCCUCUGGACCAAAUGAAGGAGACUACAUAAAUAUAAAAUCUUAUUACAGAAUAAACAAACGGGUAGCUAUUGAAUACUGUAGCCUACACUUUCACCAAAACAAAUCAUUUUCAGAAACAGGAUUCAAUUCAAUGAUCUUCCUUACUUAUUUUUUCAGAUGAUCUGUGACUCCCAUUGGGUUACAACUAAACAUAGAACACAUUGUUGCCUGUGUUGACAUGACAAGCACUCUGUAGUCAAUAAAUUAUAAUUCAUCCAACAUAGGCUAUGGAAUGGGCCUACCAUUGCAAUUGUGACAUAGGCUACUACAACUUACAUAUUAGGCUAUAGCCUUGACAUGUAAUAUCACCCGUUUUGCAAUAAAAGUGCAACUGGAUCCUGGACUUCCUGACGGGCCGCCCCCAGGUGGUAAGGGUAGGUAACAACACAUCUGCCACGCUGAUCCUCAACACAGGGGCCCCACAGGGGUGCGUGCUCAGUCCCCCUCCUGUACCCAUGACUGCAUGGCCAGGCACGACUCCAACACCAUCAUUAAGUUUGCAGACGACACAACAGUGGUAGGCCUGAUCACCGACAACGAUGAGACAGCCUAUAGGGAGGAGGUCAGAGACCUGGCCGUGUGGUGCCAGGAUAACAACCUCUCCCUCAACGUGACCAAGACAAAGAAGAUAAUUGUUGACUACAGGAAAAAAAAAGAAAGAGGAUUGAGUACGCCCCCAUUCUCAUCGACGGGGCUGUAGUGGAACAGGUUGAGAGCUUAAAGUUCCUUGGUGUCCACAUCACCAACAAACUAUCAUGGUCCAAACACACCAAGACAGUCGUGAAGAGGGCACGACAAAGCCUAUUACCCCUCAGGAGACUGAAAAGAUUUGGCAUGGGUCCUCAGAUCCUCAAAGUUAUACAGCUGCACCAUCGAGAGCAUCCUGACUGGUUGCAUCACCGCCUGGUAUGGCAACUGCUCGGCCUCCGACUGCAAGGCACUACAGUGGGUGUUAAUUAUUUAUGCAUAGUCACUUUAACUCUACCCACAUGUACAUAUUACCUCAACUACCUCAACUAGCCGGUGCCCCCGCACAUUGACUCUGCACCGGUACCCCCCUGUAUAUAACCUCCCUACUGUUAUUUUAUUUUACUUCUGCUCUUUUUUUCUCAACACUUUUUUUUGUUUUAUUUUAACGUUUUUAUAAAUAAAUAAAUGCAUUGUUGGCUAAGGGCUGUAAGUAAGCAUUUCACGGUAAUGUCUACACCUGUUGUAUUCGGCGCAUGUGGCAAAUACAAUUAGAUUUGAUAAAGUGAAAGUCUGCCAUUUUCUGCCAGGCUCACUCUGGCCUUUGCGGCGGUGGGUGUAUUACUUUUUAGGGUAAAUAUGUGAACAUAUUCGUUGUAUGUUGUUACAGUUGUUUCUUGUUCUAGACUUGUGAAAUAUUGGUCUCUGUCUUUUGACUCCAUAUGUAUAGUUUUUUCUGUCCUCGACAUAAUGACCUUUUUGAAUGUUACGUGCAUGCGCCAGUUGUCAGAUCAACCAAUCUGCGCUUCGCUUUGCCUAAUAACUUAAACGAGAAGCAGCCAUUCUGAAACCAAGAAAUCCUGGACUCCCUUAUCUGGUUAAGAGAAGCCGAAUAGGUUCAGGGAAUCCUGAAUUUGUUUAACCAUCUUUCCGUAAUACUCCCCUGGUUCCCCCUCUACAGGUACAGCAGUGCAGGUCGCUCCCUGCUGGAGCCUCUGAUGCACCGUUACUGGGAGUGGCUGGUGGGCCGUGUGCCCGCCUGGAUCGCCCCCAACCUCAUCACCAUCGUGGGCCUGGCCACCAACGUAUUCACCACCCUGGUGCUAGUCUACUACUGCCCCACCGCCACUGAACAGGUAACAAUGGCAACAAUACGUACAGUAGUACGUACACACUAUUCAGGCAGUGUGUCCGUACUAGUGUACUGCCCCACAGCCACUGAACAGGUUGGUUAUACACUUCCUGGCUUAGUGCCAUGGACAGGUACAGUUGGAGGGUAAAGUGCUACCGUAUGGUAUUUACCUGUCCAGGCAGACCUUUGUACUAAAGCUACAAACAAACAUUCAACCCCCCCCCCCCCCCCCCCCAUGACUGUGUUUUCUAUUCGCAAUGGUUUUUAUGUUCUGUUUAUCUGGUUCUGUUUGAUUGUUUACACUCUGUGCUGUUGAGGAGAGUUUUGUAUAGCUCAGGUUCUGGAUGAACACUUAGUGCCCAUAGCUCUCAGGUUACAGCUAGUCUGCACCUGAUUCCCCAGUCCCCGUCCCACACACCACACCAGCACCACAGCACUGCAGAGAUGAGUGCAUGCUAAGGACAGGGAAUAGAGAGGACGCAGCAAAACAUGCAAACUGUUAAGCUUAGUGGUUUCCCUCUAGAACUGGAAGCCUAGAAUAACUUUAUCUUCCCACAAGGGAAUUGAAUUGGUGAUAUCAGACUUCAAAGUACAUGAAAUUAGAUUACAUUCAAACUAAUACUUUGUAUACAAGAGGCACAUCAAACAGCCCAAUGCAAUAUAAUGUAUUUUGUUUGUCUAUAGACCACCAUGUGCUUUGUCCACAACACUAGUGUAUGAGCCAAGUGUGUGAGGCUCACAAAACCAAGGACUUACAGUCUCUACUUAUUUUUCAUAGAAAGGCCAGUCUAACCAUGGAAGAAAACAUAUCUAUAAUGUUUAUAAGAAUUCAAGCUUUCCCAGCUAGCAGCUGACUGCAUAUUUGACCAUUGAAAUGAAUCCACAAUUAACUUCCAAAAGUAGACCGAGCGUUAUCUGCAAGGCAAAACAUGUCCUCAUCUUAGGGGUCUCUUUAAUGCAGGUGUUAUUCUAUCCUGGUCCUUAGGUUGUGCAGCCCAUAGGUUGUGCAGGUUUCUGUUCCAGCCCAGCAGUAACACACCUGAUUCAAUGAAUCAAGGGCUUGAUAAUUAGUCGAUUAGUUGAAUCCGGUGCUGGGAUGGAGCAAAAUCCUGCACCCCCUGUGGGUCUCCAGGAGGCAGGAUUGAAGAGCACUGCUUCACUGUCACCUGACUUCCCCUGUGCUGCUAAACCAGACUACGGUCUUAACAGUCAGCCGCUCAAAGGUGGGUUAGAGUAGUCAGUCAGGGUUGUAAUUAGGAGGAUCUGCAGGAUUUGACGAUGAGCGUAACUUGUUUUCCCUUUCUAUAAAUAGUGCACUGUCUCUAGUUCUCUACCUCCUCCUCCUCCUCUGUUUCUUUUGUAGGACAAAGGUUGAGAAAUCGCUCUCCGCGCAUGUAUUCUCACGAUGUGGAGAAACUGAUUUAGAGCAAAGAGAAUAUCAUCUGCUGGGCUGGAGUCGCUAGACGAUAGGGACUUCAGUUGAGUUUAAUACAGAGAGAACAGGCUUGGUAGGGUACUAGUUCUAGAGGGAGAGGCUCAGUGACUAUGUACAGACAUCAUCAUUAUAUUGCCUCUAUUAUGUCCAUGCUCAUUGUUGUAAGAAUGAUUAAACACCUGACAUAACAGGUCAUAGUUAUGUUAACAGGAUGAAGGUGUGGUUAGUUAAAGUGCUAAAACAUCAGUGGCAGCACUGUUUCACAGUCCAGAGGAAAUUGUAUUUACUUAACAUGCUGUACUAGUCAGUGGCCUGUUUUCUGAUGGCCCAGGUCAGGAUAGUUAAGGAAACAGUGCAGCUGAUACAGGGUGUCUUGUUCUCUGUGCUGAGUUUCUCACCAUGUGGUGUUUGAACAGAAAGUACACUUGCUCUAGGGGCUCUUAAUUUCACAGCCCUGUCAUCUUGUUAGAUUUCUCACACCAUUUUAAUUCCUAAUCAUAUGUUUACUGAGAACACAGAGGCAGUCGGUAGAUCUUUCCACCCUGCUCUACUUUUCAACAUCCCCAUGCCCCACGAAAAGCACAGACUCUUUCCUUUCACAAAUUCCACUUUUUGGUCAGAGUGAGAAUGAAUAAAAAAACGUAAUUUAUCGGGCUAUGAGCCAGAUUGUGCCGCUUUGCGAUAACAGUGUUAUUUAUAUGAAUGCGAAAUGGGCAAGCCUGUAAGUUGUAGGCCAGGCCGUGUCAUAUUCCAGUUGGUUUUAGUCAGUGUAUAAACUGCUGUCAGCUCAUCAUAGACCCAGUGAGUACAGAACAGGAAAUGAAGGCAGGCAACAUUGAUGAUGCUGUGAAACUCUCUCCAUGCUGAUUGGCUAAUGAAGGACAAAGCCCUGCCGUGUUCCAAAGGUAUUUAAAGGAAAACCAACUAUAUAUAAACCUCUUUUACUCAAGUUCACAAACAUCUCUCUUUUGUGUAGCGGUAGCCUACAUCUGCCAGAAGAUCAUGUUUUAUGUCAGAUGAUGCUCUAUUGAUGAUAAUACCCACUGGUUCUCAAAGAACACAACUUCUAAAUGCCUUGUGAGAUUACCCUACCAUAACCAAACAUUUUUUAUUUCUCCAUUGGGAGAAAGGAAGUCAUUUUUGUAAGUAUUCACCAAGUCUUCCUUUUUCUUCAGGCACCUCUGUGGGCAUACCUGCUGUGUGCUGUGGGCCUGUUUGUGUACCAGUCAUUGGACGCCAUUGACGGGAAGCAGGCCAGACGAACCAAUAGUAGCUCUCCACUGGGCGAACUGUUUGACCACGGCUGUGACUCCCUCUCCACAGGUACAGCUGCUCCUCUGUGUGUCUACAGCGAGGGGGGAAAAAGUAUUUGAUCCCCUGCUGAUUUUGUACGUUUGCCCACUGACAAAGAAAUGAUCAGUCUAUAAUUUUAAUGGUAGGUUUAUUUGAACAGUGAGAGACAGAAUAACAACAAAAAAAUCCAGAAAAACGCAUGUCAAAAAUGUUAUGAAUUGAUUUGCAUUUUAAUGAGGGAAAUAAGUAUUUGACCCCCUCUCAAUCAGAAAGAUUUCUGGCUCCCAGGUGUCUUUUAUACUGGUAACAAGCUGAGAUUAGGAGCACACUCGUAAAGGGAGUGCUCCUAAUCUCAGCUUGUUACCUGUAUAAAAGACACCUGUCCACAGAAGCAAUCAAUCAAUCAAACUCUUCCACCAUGGCCAAGACCAAAGAGCUCUCAAAGGAUGUCAGGGACAAGAUUGUAGUUGGCUGGAAUGGGGUACAAGACCAUCGCCAAGCAGCUUGGUGAGAAGGUGACAACAGUUGGUGCGAUGAUUCGCAAAUGGAAGAAACACAAAAGACCUGUCAAUCUCCCUCGGCCUGGGGCUCCAUGCAAGAUCUUACCUCGUGGAGUUGCAAUGAUCAUGAGAACGGUGAGGAAUCAGCCCAGAACUACAUGGAAGGAUCUUGUCAAUGAUCUCAAGGCAGCUGGGACCAUAGUCACCAAGAAAACAAUUGGUAACGCACUACACCGUGAAGGACUGAAAUCCUCCAGCGCCCGCAAGGUCCCCCUGCUCAAGAGAGCACAUAUACAGGCCCGUCUGAAGUUUGCCAAUGAACCUCUGAAUGAUUCAGAGGAGAACUGGGUGAAAGUGUUGUGGUCAGAUGAGACCAAAAUCGAGCUCUUUGGCAUCAACUCAACUCGCCGUGUUUGGAGGAGGAGGAAUGCUGCCUAUGACCCCAAGAACACCAUCCCCACCGUCAAACAUGGAGGUGGAAACAUUAUGCUUUGGGGGAGUUUUUCUGCUAAGGGGACAGGACAACUUCACCGCAUCAAAGGGACGAUGGACGGGGCCAUGUACCGUCAAAUCUUGGGUGAGAACCUCCUUCCCUCGGCCAGGGCAUUGAAAAUGGGUCAUGGAUGUGUAUUUCAGCAUGACAAUGACCCAAAACAUAUGGCCAAGGCAACAAAGGAGUGGCUCAAGAGAAGCACAUUAAGGUCCUGGAGUGGCCUAGCCAGUCUCCAGACCUUAAUCCCAUAGAAAAUCUGUGGAGGGAGUUGAAGGUUCGAGUUGCCAAACGUCAGCCUCAACUUUAAUGACUUGGAGAAGAUCUGCAAAGAGGAGUGGGACAAAAUCCCUCCUGAGAUGUGUGCAAACCUGGUGGCCAACUACAAGAAACGUCUGACCUCUGUGAUUGCCAACAAGGGUUUUGCCACCAAGUACUAAGUCAUGUUUUGCAGAGGGGUCAAAUACUUAUUUCCCUCAUUAAAAUGCAAAUCAAUUUAUAACAUUUCUGACAUGCGUUUUUCUGGAUUUUUGUUGUUGUUAUUCUGUCUCUUACUGUUCAGAUAAACCUAACAUUAAAAUUAUAGACUUAUCAUGUCUGUGUCAGUGGGCAAACGUACAAAAUCAGCAGGGGAUCAAAUACUUUUUUCCCUCUAAGUGUUUGCCCUAUUAGGAUUUCAUUGAAUCUGUGUUCCUUUUUCCUCUCGCUCUCAGUGUUUGUGGUCCUGGGCACCAGUAUAGCAGUGCAGCUGGGCACCAAUCCUGACUGGAUGUUCUUCUGCUGUUUCGCUGGCAUGUUCAUGUUCUACUGUGCCCACUGGCAGACCUACGUCUCUGGCACCCUGCGCUUUGGCAUGUGAGUGUGUCUGCGCUCAGAUGAGAGGGAGUUGGCAACAGUGGGAGUUGGGAGGAGGGAGAAAAGCGGGUUUAAUAGUAAUAAUAGAUUUAUACUGAACAAAAAUAUAAAUGCAACAUGCAACAAUUUCAAAGAUUUUACUGAGUUACAGUUCAUAUAAGGAAAUCAGUCAAUUUAAAUAAAUUAUGAAUUUCACAUGACUAGGAAUAGGUCACAGGUACCUUUUUUAAAAAGGUAGGAGCGUGGAUCAGAAAACCAGUCAGUGUCUGGUGUGAUCACCAUUUGCCUCAUGCAGCGCAACACAUCACCUUCGCAUAGAGUUGAUCAGGCUGCUGAUUGUGGCCUGUGGAAUGUUGUCCCACUCCUCUUCAAUGGCUGUGUGAAGUUGCUGGAUAUUGGCGGGAACUGGAACACGCUGUCGUACACUUCGAUCCAGAGCAUCCCAAACAUGCUCAAUGGGUGACAUGUCUGGUGAGUAUGCAGGCCAUAGAAGAACUGGGACAUUUUCAGCUUCCAGGAACUGUGUACAGAUCCUUGUGACAUGGGGCCGUGCAUUAUCAUGCUGAAACAUGAGGUGAUGGCAGCGGAUGAAUGGCACGGCAAUGGGCCUCAGGAUCUCGUCACGUAUCUCUGUGCAUUCAAAUUGCCAUCGAUAAAAUGCAAUUGUGUUCGUUGUCUGUAUGCCUGCCCAUACCAUAACCCCACCGCUACCAUGGGGAACUGUUCACAACGUUGACAUCAGCAAACCGCUUGCCCACAUGACUCCAAACAUGUGGUCUGCAGUUGUGAGGCCGGUUGGACUUUUAUUGUCCCCAGCACAAGGUGCGCCUGUGUAAUGACCAUGAUGUUUAAUCAGCUUCUUGAUAUGCCACACCUGUCAGGUGGAUGGAUUACCUCGGCAAAGGAGAAAUGCUCACUAACAGGGAUGUAAACAGAUUUGUGCACCAAAUUUGAGAGAGAGCUUUUUGUGAGUAUGGAACAUUUCUGGGAUCUUUUAUUUCAGCUCAUGAAACAUGGGACCAACACUUUACAUGUUGCGUUUUAUAUUUUUGUUCAGUAUAGUUAGUCCGGGUAGCUAUUUGGUCAAAUAUUUAACUAUCUGCAUUGACCCUUUUUGCAUUAACUUUUUUGACUCGUCACGUACACUGCUGCUCCUGUUUACUAUCUGUCACUUUAUUCCUGGUUAUAUGUACAGUACCAGUCAAAAGUUUGGACACACCUACUCAUUGUCCUGUUGAAAAACAAAUGAUAGUCCCACUAAGCGCAAACCAAAGUGCUGUGGUAGCCAUGCUGGUUAAGUGUGCCUUAAAAUCUAAAUAAAUCACUGACAGUGUCACCAGCAAAGCACCAUCACACCUCCUCCUCCAUGCUUCACGGUGGGAACCACACAUGCGGAGAUCAUCCGUUCACCAACUCUGCGUCUCACAAAGACAUGGCGGUUGGAACCAAAAAUCUCAAAUUUGGACAAACAACAGAUUUCCACCGGUCUAAUAUCCAUUGCUCGUAUUUCUUGGCCUAAGCAAGUCUCUUCUUCUUAUUGGUGUCCUUUAGUAGUGGUUUCUUUGCAGCAAUUCGACCAUGAAGGCCUGAUUCACGCAGUCUCCUCUGAACAGUUGAUGUUGAGAUGUGUCUGUUACUUGAACUCUGUGAAGCAUUUCUUUGGGCUGCAAUUUCUGAGGCUGGUAACUCUAAUGAACUUAUUCUCUGCAGCAGAGGUAAUUCUGGGUCUUCCAUUCCUGUGGCAGUCCUCAUGAGAGCCAGUUUCAUCAUAGCGCUUGAUGGUUUUUGCGACUGCACUUGAAGAUACUUUCAAAGUUCUUGACAUUUUUCGUAUUGACUGACCUUCAUGUCUUAAACUAAUGAUUGACUGUCAUUUGUCUUUGCUUAUUUUAGCUUUUCUUGCCAUAAUAUGGACUUGGUCUUUUUACCAAGUAGGGCUAUCUUCUGUAUACCACCCCUACCUUGUCACAACACAACUGAUUGGCUCAAACGCAUUAAGAAGGAAAGAAAUUCCACAAAUUAACUUUUAACAAGGCACACCUGUUAAUUGAAAUGCAUUCCAGGUGACUACCUCAUGAAGCUGGUUGAGAGAAUGCCAAGCGUGUGCAAAGCUGUCAUCAAGGGAAAGGGUGGCUACUUUGAAGAAUCUGAAAUAUAAAAUAUAUUUUGAUUUGUUGAACACUUUUUUGGUUACUACAUGAUUCCAUAUGUGUUAUUUCAUAGUUUUGAUGUCUUCACUAUUAUUCUACAAUGUAGCAAAUAGUAAAAAUAAAGAAAAACCCUUGAAUGAGUAGGUGUGUCCAAACUUUUGACUGGUACUGUACAUAUGUACCUCAAUUACCUUGUACCCCUGCACAUCGACUCGGUACUGGUACCUUGUAUAUAGCCAAGUUAUCGUUACUCAUUGUCUAUCUAUUACUUUUUUAUUAUUACGUGUUUUACUUUUCUAUUAUUUCUCUAUUUUCUUUCUCUCUGCAUUGUUGGGAAGGGCCCGUAAGUAAGCAUUUCACUGUUAGCCCACACCUGUUGUUUACAAAGCAUGUGACGAGGAGUAAUCCAUGCUACUGAAGGAAUAUUGAAAGAUACAUGUUUGCCAUUAGUGCAUCGUGAUUGGUUGGGAGAGCUGUGGUCAGUUGGGUGAAGAUGGUCCAUAGGGCAGCUGUGUGGCGCUGUGCUUAUGGACAGAGUAGAUGACUGUUCUGACUAACCUCUGCUCUCUGCCUGCUUCUCUCAGCAUUGAUGUGACUGAGGUGCAAAUCUUCAUUAUAAUCAUGUAUUUGCUGGCCGCUGUGGGAGGAUCCGCUUUCUGGCAGUCACUGGUAAUUCUGAUUGGCUCAAAUUUCCACUGAUUGUCUGUUGGUAAUAUAAUGGUAGAGUUGCCUGCAUCGGAAUGUUCAAAUUCUGUGUACAGUGUGAUUCCUUACCAUAGUAAAUGCAAUUUCACUUUGAGUAAUGGAACAGUUUUAUUAACAAGUACCCAUCUUACUAACAAUGUUCAGAGCUGUUUAAUGUACUAAACACUCAAAUGGUGGUGACUGGUUGUUGUUUUAUAAUACAUUAUAUCUUUGUUCUCUCACCUCCACAGAUCCCAGUCAUAAACAUCCAGAUGAAAAUAGUUCCAGCCAUCUGCACUUUCUUAGGUGCCAUCUUUUCCUGUACUAAUUACUUCCGGGUUAUAUUUACCGGAGGUAAGGGCAAAAAUGGAUCCACAAUAGCAGUAAGUCAACACUCGCGCUCAAUUCCAAAUCGACAUGUAGCCUAGUCCCUGACCUUCAUGUAGAUAGGUAUGUAAACAUAAUGGUAGUGACUCCUCCUUGCCCUGAUAGACUCAGAUUUUUUAAAAUCUAUCCAGUCCUUUAAGAUCUACAGAAAUGCCUAGGGGGAAGGGGGAAUCUGACAUCAGUCCUUCUCCCAAAUUCCUUCACCAACCGUGACACAAGGUAGUUUACAAUCACUAUGUAGGCUUUGCCAUGUACCUUCUAGAUGGUGAAGCUGUCUUGAUGCCUAGGUGCUUGUGUACUUGUUUCAUCCAUUUUACUGAGCUAUCUAUUAGCUUCAGAGGAAAUGAAGGAUGUGUAUUAAGACUGUUGGACCUGAUCCCAGUUCAGUUCAGUUGGCGAAGCGAUAUCAGUGUUUGUCAAUUGGAAGUAUUUACUUUACAUGUUUUCCUUCGGGAGAUACUGUAUAUUAUGACACCUAGUUAUACACAAAUUAUAAGAGGCCAUCUGCGUUCUUUUAAGGUCCUUACUACUGAAUAGUGUCUGUUCCAGGUGCGUAGGAGUCAAAAUAAGAAUACUGGAAGAGAUUGAGACCCGCACUGUCGAAAAAAUGAAUACAUCCAAAUGUAAAUGUAAAACUGAGGCUUGAAUGCAAAAUAAAGAUGUUUAUUUAACAUCAUGCUGCCCAAAAAUCAUAGUGCAUAAGUGAAAGGUGAAAACAAAACAGAAAUGUUUCCGCCUCAGGUGAUGAUGGAUUAUUCACACCAGCAUUCAUUACUGUGUGUUUUCUUUUACCCUAACUGCACUCACAUGUCAUUAACAUACUGUAUCAUUGUGGCCUAUUAAUGUCAUUGAUUAUACAGUCUCUCUCUCUUCUCCAGGGAACCAGUGUCCUGUCUCCUGUGUUACAUAUAGGCUCAGUAAUAAUCCUGGCCAUGAUGAUCUAUAAGAAGUCAGCUAACCAGCUCUUUGAGAAGCACCCCUGUGUUUAUAUCCUGGCCUUUGGCUUCGUGUCGGCCAAGAUCACCAACAAAUUAGUUGUAAGUGUGGUGUGCUGCUAAUUGGUGUAAUGCAAUACCUGUGCAUCCUGUGCACUGUAGAUAUUGAUGUAAAUGUGCUUGAUGUAAGAACGUGAAUGAUAUAAAUGAACGUCAUCCAUGUAAAUGUGCUUGCUGAUUGGAGCAUGACUGUAGCCUGUGUCUUGUUUGUUUCAGGUAGCACAUAUGACAAAGAGUGAGAUGCAUCUCCAUGAUAUAGCAUUCCUGGGGCCAGGCCUGCUGUUCCUGGACCAGUAUUUCAACAGUUUUAUUGAUGAAUACCUGGUGCUGUGGAUUGCGCUGGUGAGUACACACACACACACACAUUUCCAUGGCUUAGAGGUCUAUAGUAUCUGAGCAAGUCCAGGGUGAAGUUAUGCAACAACAAUGUAUGAGGGCAUGCAAUCUGCAGCAUGUGUUCACAUGACAACAUGUAUCUUUGAAAUGAACCAUCAGUCUUUUCAUAUGCAACACUGAUUUAUAUUUCACCCUGAAACUCUGAAAGGUAUAAAGACUUACUGUGCAUUUUUCAGAGGCAUGUUUUCAGUCUAAUGCCACGUUUAUUUGUAACUAAUCGCCAAAACCCUUUCAUACUUUUAUCUUCGGCAUCCUCUAGCCAUCUACACAUAAGGUCCAUUGUGUACAGUGGUGUUGAUCAAGUUCUUGUUUCCGGACUCUUCUUUUUCUCCUCUUCUGCUUUCCGUCUGCAGGUCCUGUCUUUCGUUGACUUGGUGCGUUACUGUUUCAGUGUUUGCAACCAGAUUGCCUCCCAUCUUCACAUCUUUGUCUUCAGAAUCAAGCCACUGACCCCGUCCACCCUUCAGUGA